AGGGUAAUGGAUAAUGAAAAAUGAAAGGGCUGAGAGAAUCCCACUUCUGUGGGGCCGAUGAAGCCAGUCAUGGCUCUCAGGAGAAGACCGGGGACCAGAGCCAUUGUUUCAGAGCUCAACCCGUCAGCCUCUAGCACUGGGCCUGUUGGAAGUGAAAAGCUCUCUGGAGAUGGAGUUGAUCCAGUUCCUGAGGAAUUUGGACAAGAAAAGCUGGACAUCCAACCACCCUCUCCUGUGCCAGCUAGGUACUGUUUAAGUGACGGGUCUGGGGAUGACUCCAUCCAAGGCGAAAGCCCUCUUCAGCAGGACAGCAUGGAGGAGGACUCACUGUCCGAGUAUGAUAAUGUCGUAUCCGUGGAAGAAGAAGAAGAAGAGCAACAUGAUUACGAGGAAGAUGAGGAACUGCAAACCGAAGCGGACAGGAUGACAUACUAUGUCCACUGUUGUCCUGAAGAUGAAAGCUACAUGGAAGGAAUGGACUGCCAUGAAGGUGCGGACGGUGCUGAGUGUCCUGGCACGUCUCGCGACGUCCGGGAGAGCUGUAAACCGGAGGAAGCUUGGGAACACUCGGAAGGCUUUUACAAGGUUCUGCAGCAAGACGCAACAACAACGGUCUACAAGCGACCAGAGCCUAUCACGGAGACAAACUUCGUACAAGCCCCCAUGGCUGAGGACGAGGAGGAUGAAGAAGAGACAGAGGAAGAAGCAGAAGAAGAGGACAGUGAAGAAGAAGACAAUGUUGGGUUUUUUCACUACAAAGGGAAAGAAGUGGAGUUGAACAACAAUGAGAUCCCAAGUAAAGGUGCUGACGACUUUCCCAGAGAUGGCAGAAGUUGUCCUCAAGAGUCCAGUUGUGCUAAAGUGGGGCAAGAAAGUGAUGCAGUUAGUAACUAUAGAAGAAAUCAGGACAUCCCCAAAAACCCAAGGAAUGUCCCUCAAGGGUCAAGUUGUCCUCCUAGGGAUCGAAUAGAAAGGGUUCGAGAAGAGUGUGCUAGUGACUGUCCAAAAGAUUGUGAUGUCCUUGUGGUCAGAGAAAGUAGGGGAAACCCUAGACAAAGUUUUAGAUAUAGAGGACAUCAGUCGGAGAGAGUACACAAAAGAGACACCGCUUACCAGGAUGGUAGCAGGGUCAGCAAUAAAGCUAAAUCCGCAAAUCCAGAGGACAGAGGCAUUUGGAAAAAAAGACAUUUGCUAAAAUACUCCAGAGAGGACGACAGGGAUGGAGAUGGGAAACUUUCACACGAGCAAAGUAAAAGUCCUGGAGACAGCAAAAACAGAGGGCAGGACCAUCCCGUUUGUAGUCACAAACCAAAGGGUGAAAAAGAGAGAGAGAGCAUUGGGGAUGUUGAGGAAGAGCAGAUUGAGAACGAAGUCAAGACCAAACUCAAAAUUGCUCCAAACAACUCAGGGAGUAAUAAAGGUUCUCCUGAUCAGACAAAGAAUGGGAAAGGGACUCCUGACAAUUCCAGGGCCUCUUCAACAUCAUCAGACAGAAGAAACAGCCAAUCCAGAGCCCAUGUUAAUACACCUGUGCAGUCCCCAGACAAACGGCUACAUAAAGACUUGGCCAAACCUGUUGAAACGGGGAAGACAAGGCCUAGUCAGGAACAGGUUUCUCAGAGUAGUCCAGAGGAAAGUAAUACAGGGCCACCACCCGGACAAAAGAGACCGCAGGCCCAGAGAAAUCCCUCUUUCCCAAGCUUCGUGGAUAUCCCUGGUCCAUGUGAGCCAGAAGAUCUCAUCAAUGGAAUCAUCUUUGCCGCAAACUACCUUGGCUCUACCCAAGUGCUCUCCGACAGAAACCCAUCCAAAAGCGUACGCAUGAAGCAAGCGCAGGAAGCUGUGGACUGCGUUAAGUCUGUAGAGGGUGAAGCUCAGAGUUUAACAGAGAUUGACUUGUUCAUCUCAACCAAGGCCAUCAAGGUGCUCAAUGCUGACACACAGGAGACGAUGAUGGAUAACGCCCUCCGCACCAUCUCUUACAUCGCAGACAUCGGUGACGUGGUGGUCCUGAUGGCUCGCAGGCGUCUGUCUAACACCUCCUCGCUCGACUGCACAGAUUCAGGCCUCAGCACAGAAAGCCGGAAGCAGUACCGCAUGAUGUGCUACGUCUUUGAGUCAGAGGAUGCCCAGCUCAUCGCACAGUCCAUCGGUCAGGCGUUCAGCAUGGCCUACCAAGAGUUCCUCCGAGACAAUGGGAUCAAUCCCAAGGACCUCAGCCAGAAAGACUACAGCGAUAUCCUGAGCACGCAGGAGAUGUAUAAUGACGACCUCAUCCAUUUCUCCAACUCGGAAAACUGUAAAGAGCUUCAGCUAGAGAAGCAGAAGGGCGAGAUGCUGGGUGUGGUGAUCGUGGAGUCGGGCUGGGGCUCCAUCCUGCCCACCGUCAUCUUGGCCUGCAUGCUGAACAACGGCCCUGCCGCCCGCUCCGGCAAACUCAAUGUGGGCGAUCAGAUCAUGGCGGUCAACGACACCAGUCUGGUGGGCCUGCCGCUCGCCACCUGUCAGGGCAUCAUCAAGGGCCUGAAGAAUCACGUUCAGGUGAAACUAAGUGUAGUGAGUUGCCCACCUGUUACUACUGUCCUCAUAAAGAGACCCGACCUGCAAUACCAGCUGGGUUUCAGCGUUCAGAACGGCAUAAUCUGUAGUCUGAUGCGUGGAGGUAUUGCGGAGAGGGGUGGUGUGCGAGUCGGCCACAGAAUAAUUGAGAUAAACGGACAGAGUGUGGUCGCUAUGGCGCAUGAGAAAAUCGUCCACGCCCUUUCAGUGUCUGUAGGAGAGAUUAACAUGAAAACUAUGCCUGCAGUCAUGUUCAGGUUGUUAACUGGUCAAGAGACUCCGGCGUACAUAUAAGGAAUCAUAAACUGGGACUUUUCCUGCAACAACAACAACAACAAAAAAAAGGUUUACAGCUCCUCCUAAAAAAAGCAGAAAAAUAUUGAAGAGCUCUGUCUUGCUAUAGACUGCAUGUAAAGAUCAUAAGAGUCCAAACAUAAACACAAAGAAAACCUAGUCACAUAAUUACCUGAUCAAAGGAGCAAUUAUACAGAUACAGUCUUCCAUGCCAGACUUAUUAGCUUGUAUAUAUGUUAAAUGCCUUUGGUUUGGAGUUCUUAAACUAACCAAAUACCAAGUGACUGCACUAAAGCUCACUAAAUCAAUAAAGUAGGGCAUUAUCAAUAGAUUUCAUUUUUAACAAUACUCGUUUCACAAACUCAAAAAUGAACAAAUGGACUAAAGCAUGCUGAAAUCCAAAGAUAUCUGUUACAUUUGCUGAAUAGACUGCAUUUUAGUUCUUCUGGCUGUCUUCAGUGUCUCUGUGAUAAAUGGCUACUGUACACUGUGAAUGAACCAUUUCUGUAGAUUACUACUUCAGCAUGCUGGAUGUGAAGACUGAAAAUAUAUUAAUCAGAAAACCUGAGCUUCACUGAUGUUUAUAUGCAUGAUUUUAAUUGAUGAUUGGAUAUUAUCUCAUGAAUGAAUCCCCAUCUGCA